AUGGUCGCCUCCGAACUCACCGUGCGGCUCGCACACCACUUUGGGCCGUACAUCGCAACGGACCCGGCGCUGCUCUCGGAAACCACGUCGAUCUGCACCCACUACGCCGUGAGCCCCGAAGACCUCUUCUACAAGUGGGAGGCUUUCGCGUUCAACCACAAGCUGCCCAAGUCGGAGCCGCUGACGGUGGACCAUGCGCGCGAGCUGCGCAAGAUCGUCGCUGCCAGCGUCAACACCGCCUCGACCGAUGCGACAAGCACGCCGCUCAAGCCUUCCGCGGCGCUCAACCGCGCCAAGGUCGCGCCGGACUUGAACGCGAUGCUGGGCAUCAAGGGCACGCCGUCCAAGGGUGGGCCGAGUGCGUUUCAGACACCGGUGAGGGCCGCGACGAGUGGCUCACCGUUCGCGCAGGCGGCUACACCCACCGCGUCGGCGUACAGGCCCGCGGUGAGCGCACGCGCGGUGGAGACGGACGUGGUCAUGUCGGACAUCGACUCGCCCUCGCGUGCCCCCUCGGCCGCCGGUGCUGCAUCGUCCAAGCCGGCAUUCUCGGUGCUCGAGUCGCUCAACGAGCAUCUGGAACUCAGCGGGUCGGGGAGCCAGCUGGCGCCGCCACCGCAGGCGGGCAAGAAGGUCGCCACGCGCGUGUCGCUCGCCAUGGCCACCGACCCCAAGGCGUGGAACUACCGGUACAUGUUUGAGAAGAAGGACGAGCGGUCGCAAGUGCUCGACGACCGCAUCGACGAGUACGCCUCGCUGCUGCGCAGCGCCUACGCGCUCGACGACGAAGAGCUGGGCGAUCCAUCGCUGCCGAGCCAAGAACCGAUUUGGGUGGUGGGACGCAUUUGCCCCGCCUUGCCCGCACCCGAAAGUUCGGCGGGGAUGGCAGUUCGAGCCAAAGCGACCUUGCGCACGGGUGGCGAGGAGGACGCUUUUGCUCUGCCGAAGCUCGCCGAGACGGGGGUGGUGUUGGAGAGUUCGCGCAUGAUGGGGUCUGGCAACCGCACGCCGCUCGUGUUCGCACGCGGCUGCAUCGUUCGACACACGCCGCAGGACCCGGGCACGGGAGGCGGGGCAACAACGCUGAGCCUGUUUCCGGGACAGAUGGUGCUGUGCAAGGGCAUCAAUGCGGGUGCGGACAAGUUCAGCGUGAGCGAGAUCUGCUUCCCGCCUCCGCUGCCACUGGCGGUGCACACGCAGGACGAGGCGUUGGACCACUCGUAUGCGCCACACAAGCUCAACGGUGCUGCACUCAACAUCCUCGUUGCCGCCGGACCUUUUACUUCGGAGCACGAUUUGGACUUCAAACCAUGGCACGCACUCAUGGACCAACUCGACGCUGGCGGUAUCCCAUGCGCACAGGGGAGGAGAGGUGUUCCGGAUACCCUGAUUCUUAUGGGACCUUUUGUUUCCGCCGACCAUCCAGCCGUAGCUCUAUCCACCGAGAUGCCAGAGGAGAUUUUCGCCGAGCAUUUCUCGACGAGGAUCGGGGAAUUGGUGGGCAAGUACGCGGUUAGUGUGGUGUUGGUGCCUAGCACUGGCGACUUGUUGAACGUUCAUUCGGCCUAUCCCCAACCCGGGUUCGACAAGGAAGAGGCGGUGCAGUGGGGUUUGCCAAAGCAGCGCGUUCGAUGUCUACCCAACCCCAGCACGUUCUACAUCAACGAACUAGUCGUUGGUGCCACGACGGCGGAUUCGUUGGGUGAUAUCAAGGCGGAAGAAAUGGUGACCCGCAUCGAAGCCUCCCCUAACAUCACGGUUGUACCGACCGAGGCAGUGGCAGCACGCAACAAGGAAACCAACACUCGCUGGAGCCGUGCAGUCCUCUCACAACGCUCCUUCUACCCGCUAUAUCCCCCACCGACAUCAGCCAGGCUCGCGUACGAUACAAGCCAUAGCCACCUUCUCAACUUCCCCGCAGUCUCCCCUGACCUCCUGCUGCUACCAAGCACAAAGAUCGCCAAACCCUUCAUCAGGGUCGUCGCCUCCUCCACCAUCGUUCAACCAGCUUCCCUCGCUGCAGGCUCGCUCGCUUCCAUCCACAUCAACCCCUUUCCAAAGGACCAGCUCGACAAACAGGCUACCCUCAACGCUAACCUCUACGACCGUGCACGCAUCGACCUCAUCACCAUCUAA